AUGUCGCGGCGCACGAAGUGCGAUCCGGAGAAAGAGACGAGCCAGCUGAUGUACGAGGCGCGCAUGCAGUACGUGACGGGCCACGUCGACGCGUCCGUGUCGACGCAGGACACGUCGAUCUGGACGAUCCAGAUCCCGGAGCACCUCAAGCCGCGGCAGAAGGUGCGCAUGGGCCCCCCGCUCGGCGCCCUCAAGGCCCCCGGCGGCCGGCGGCCGCGGACCGCGCCCGAGGGCUCCGGCGGCGGCUCCGGCGGCGGCCGGGGAAGCAACGGGCGGGGCACGCACUUCGGGAGCAUCGUCCAGCAGGCCAUGUUCGUCAGCGAGGAGCAGCGGAGCGCCAACGCGCUGGCGAAGAGCCUCCGCGCGUCCGGGGGCACGAUCCAGUUGAACUUCGCGUCGCGCGUGCUGCCCCUGGAGCGGCGCCUCGAGAUGAAGCGCGCGGAGAACAAGAUGAAGAUGAUGGCGGAGAUCGCCAAGCAGAAGCGGCGGUCCACCUUCAGCCAGCGCGAAGGCUGCGCGCUCCACUCGUGGAAGCUCACGUACCAGGCCGGCUGCUGGUUCUGGGUCGACCAGGUCACGGGCGCGGCGACGGCCGCGCCGCCGCCGAGCGACCAGGGCUCGGCCCAGGCGACGCUCGCGACGUCGUCCUGGGGGCGGAGCUCCCUCGACUCCGAGUCGGGCGCGGCGACGGGCACGGUCGCCGAGGGCGCCGACGAGUCGGACAGCGACGCGGAGAGCGACUGCGACGACGUCGGCCCCAAGGAGUCGCUCCCGCCCUGCGGCACGGGCCACGUCGUCUACGACUCGACGGAGUUCAACGACUUCAUGAGGCUCCUCGACAAGGAGACGGGCGGCAAGAAGGGCCGGAAGGAGAUCCGCCCCAUGACCGCGCCGGCCCAGAUCAAGCAGGCCCAGCAGGGCUACUCGUCCCGAAAUCGCGGGCCGCUGACGCUCUAG